UGUAAGAGCCUGGGCUUCUGAUGAUGGCUUUAAGCAAUUUGUGACAAUGCUGAGAAUGUGGCAUCAAGUAACUGUCUACUCUGCCAGAUAAACUGCUUACCUUGAAUCUCCUCCUGCUCUCUGAGCCCCAGCUAUAGGGAAUGCACGGAUCUCAGUGAGGAUGUGGUUCAACAGCCCUGCCCCACCCCUGUGUGCCGGUGUGAAGCCGUUUAUUGAAUGAACUCUGUGGGUGGUGCCAAGGCAGUAGCGACCUCAUUGGUGCCUCAGAAAUGUUGCAAUUUCCAGGUCUGAUGUUUUUUUCCAAGUGUACAGGCAGUGUGAGGAGAGGAAUGCUUUCUUUUCCUGUGGUUAUUACGAGGUGACGCCUGCCGAGGUGAGCAGGGCUUGUUGUUGAACAGAGUGCAUCAGCAAGUGGAUGCAGCUGAUUUUCACCUAAGACCAGGCUGGAGAGAGCACUCUUGCAGGAGCCUUGAUCUCUGGGAGUUCUGAAGGCUGAAAAAAUCGCAGAUCACAAAAUUUUCACCAUGAAGAGCUCCAGAAGCGUUUUCUAUCUUCUCUUCUUUCAUGCUGCUCUCGGCCUGGAGCGAGUCCGGUGGUGCACGGUGUCUGAACCAGAACUUUCCAAGUGUAAUGACAUGAGCAAGGCCUUCAGUGAGGCUGGCAUCCUUCCCCCUCUGGAGUGUACAGCAGGGGAGUCAGCUGCUAACUGUACCCAGAUGAUCAAGGAUGCCUUGGCAGAUGCAGUGACCCUGGAUGGCCGUUGGAUUUUCCAGGCUGGAAGGGAGCAUGGUCUGAAACCUGUGGUUGGGGAAGUAUAUGAUCAAGAGAUUGGAACUUCCUAUUAUGCUGUGGCUGUGGUAAAGAGAAGCUCCAACAUCACCAUGAGGAGCUUGAAGGGAGCACGCUCCUGUCACACCGGCAUCAACAGGACUGCGGGCUGGGCCGUGCCCGUGGGGUACCUCACUGACACCGGGCACCUGGCACCAAUGGGCUGUGACCUUCCACAAGCUGUAAGUGACUAUUUCAAUGCAAGCUGUGUUCCUGGAGCAAAUGGUGUGAACUAUCCCAAAUCCCUCUGUCAGCUCUGCAAAGGGGACUCAGAAGGACAGAACAAAUGUGAACUAAAUUCCCAAGAGCAAUACUAUGACUACAGUGGGGCUUUCAGGUGUUUGGCUGAAAAUGCUGGAGAGGUUGCUUUUGUGAAGCACAGCACAGUGCCUGAAUAUACAGAUGGGAGAAGCCUUUCCUCCUGGGCCCAGCGGCUGCGCUCCCGGGACUUCCAGCUGCUGUGUAGGGAUGGCAGCAGGGCUGAUGUGACAGAGUGGAGGAGCUGCCACCUGGCCAGAGUCCCUGCUCGGGCUGUGGUUGUGCGGCCUGACACAGAUGGGACAGUUCUCUUCCAGCUCCUCAACCAGGGACAACAAAGAUUUAAUGGGGUGGGUGCCAAGUUUCAGAUGUUCGACUCUGCGGUCUACGGCGCCCAGAAUCUUCUCUUCCGAGAUGCCACCACAGAGCUUGUUGCAAUCACAGCUCAGAAUUACCAGGCAUGGCUGGGUGAUGAGUAUCUUCAUGCCAUGCAAGCUCUGAGCUGCAACCCCAGUACAAUGCCAGAAAGCCUGAACUGGUGUGUUGUGUCCACUGAGGAGAUUUGGAAAUGUGGUGAAAUGGCUGUUGCCUUUAGAAAAAAGAAUUUGAAGCCAGCAAUUCAGUGUAUUUCAGCCAAGACAAAGGAAGAGUGCAUGGAGCUGAUCCAGAAAAAGGAAAGUGAUGCUGUAGUUCUGGGUGGAGCUGAUAUUUACACAGCUGGGAAGACCUAUGGCCUUGUGCCAGCUGCUGGAGAAAGUUACUCUGCUGAUGACAGCAGCAAUGCAUACUAUGCUGUGGUGUUAGUGAAACGAAAUGCGUCCAAUGCAUUCACCAUCAGUGACCUGAGAGGGAAGAAGUCCUGCCACACAGGACUGGGGAGAAAUGCUGGAUGGAAUAUUCCCAUUGGUGUACUAAUUAAGAGGGGGAUUAUUAAGAACAGAGACUGUAAUAUUCCUCAAGCUGUGAGUGAGUUUUUCUCUGCCAGCUGUGUCCCUUCAGCUGAGCAGGACAAUUACCCAGCAAAGCUCUGUCAGCUGUGUAUUGGGGAUGAGAGUGGAAACAACAAAUGCAGUGCAAGUAGCCAAGAACGUUACUACAGCUACAGUGGAGCCUUCAGGUGCCUGGUAGAGGAUUCUGGGGAUGUGGCCUUUGUGAAGCACUCUACAGUGUUUGAGAACACAGAUGGUAAAAACACUGCUAGUUGGGCCCAAAAGUUGAAGUCCAGUGAUUUCCAGUUACUGUGUCCAAAUGGUGCCCGUGCUGAAGUCACCCAGUUUGCCAAUUGUCACUUGGCUCAGGUGCCAGCUCAGGCUGUUAUGGUUCACCCAGAUGUCAAUGGUUUUGCUCUAUAUGGACUGCUGGACAGAGCCCAGGUCUACUUUGGAAAUAGCAGCAAUGGAAAUGGAUUCAAAAUGUUUGAUUCUUCAGCUUUUCAAGGAAAAGACUUGAUUUUUAAGGAUUCUGCUGUUGAGAUUGUGCCAGUGAAAGAGAGGAGAACAUACACAGAAUGGCUGGGGAGUGAAUAUAUUGAGUCCCUUGAAGGGAUGCAAACACCCCAGUGCUCUGGGGCAGGUAAUAAGAUAACACAGUACUCACUCAUGGCUACUGUCAUUCCCCUGCUUGCUCUGUGUCAGAUACAAGGCUUGGACUAGCAUGGUUCAAGUGGGAACUUCCUGGCCACCUCUGUCCUGCCACCUUCUCUUCAGAAAAGCUGCUGUCUGGAUAACAUGCUGUUGCUACCAUGUGAAUGCCUCUUCCUGCCUCUUUGCAGGGCAAGUGCCAACAGCAUCUGCUCAUCAGGGAGUGGGGUAGGGCUGGAAGCUGCCCCUGUCUGUGUGGAUGGGGUGGAAUUUGGGGCAGAAACCAGAAAUACAGUAUCAAUGUGGUUUACAAGAUCAGUCUCAAACCUGGAGCAUCUCUGCCAUUGUUGCUGAUAUUGAACCACCCAGGAUUUCCAAGAACUGUUAGAUGGAUUCUGGGUUCUGACCUGUAGAAGAAUUUAUUUGAAGGCAAUAUCAAAACUCUUGUCUAGUGAAUUCUCUCUCUAGUGGCCUCCUGGCUGGCUGUGCUCAGACUCCACAUCCCUGCUUUACCCAUCCCACUCUGUUUCUCCUGAGCUCUGCUGCCACAGAGUGCACAGAGAAUGGACAGGCUGUGAACAGAAGCCAGUCCAGAUUCUGCCAUGGACAAAGUCUUCUACCUUCCAGCAGAAGAAAGUAGGGGAAAUUUCCGAAGUCACUGGAUGACAAAGAAGCCCAGAGAGACUGGAAGGGUGAUUACCCUUUGACAGAGAAAAGAACAAAGCUAAACGUGAGCAUCCACUGAGCUUAUUGACUUUCCACACCCAGUUCUCUCAUGGCUGGCCGGAGAUGUCCUGUGAUCUUUAGUUUGAUGCAGCCUUCAUCAAGAACCUCAUGAGUCCUCCUUCCACGGGGGGCAUUCCUGAGUGCCUUGUGCAUGAAAUUUGUAUUUGCUGUAGGUGAAACAAAGUACUUCACUUCUGAGUAGCCAUUUCUACUGGCUGUAGUAUUCAGGUUUUAUUGUUAUCCAUAGCUGCACUAUUCGCAGAUGUUGCUGUGCUGCUGGCAGGCACUGCCCCCCUGACUAUAGAGACCACCUCAUGAUCCUGGGAUGAACAGUUAUGUAGUGUAAUAAAAACCUGGUAAAGCCAGACAGCAAUCACAUAAAUAAGUGAAAAUAGCAAUUAAACAUGAAAACUUUAAUCACACUUUAACCAGCCUGGUAGCUAAACCUCUGCUUUUUUGGGAUAUGAACAUUUGCCUUCCCCUUUCACUGCCCACUGUUCAUUGCUCCCAGUUCCUGGGGCUGGAGUGGGACACGGACUGAUCCCAGUCCUGGCUGUGCCCGGUGGGGUGAGUGUGUGUGCAGGGAGCUGUGACACUGUGCCUGGCACUCAAACCCAUGGCUGUGGGCAAGCUGUGCCCAGCUGCAGCCCCCACUGUGUUUCUUCUCCUUAUGCUUUUGGUCAGUCG